AAUCCCCAGUCGGCCAGCAGCAUUUUAGCAGUAGAACACUCUUAACCAGUAGUGUCGGUGCAGCUCUAACACACAUUCAUAUAUAUAUAUAUAUAUAUAUAUAAAUAAAUAUAUUAUAUACCAUAUACAUUUUACAUUAAUAACUUAUAUAUAAUUUUUUUUGUAAAAAAAAAAAAAAAUAUUAAUAAUAAUUUAGCUGACCUAUUUUCGUUACUGUUUUCCACAAUACAUUACUAUAAAAUAUAUAUAUAUACAUCGAGUUCAUCAUGCGAUACAAUUCACGUGCUUAGCAUAAAAUCGUUGUCGUGUCUUCUCUCUCCUGCGAGGAUUACGCGUCGUUUUCAAAUUCGUACGUAAAACAAAUUACAAUUGACGAAAUAACGAUCCGAUUAAAUACCAUACAACCCAUUGUUAUAAACGCAUAAUAUUAUACUAGUAUUGUUGUUGUUAUUAUUAUAACUGUCGUCGUCCACUCCCGCCUUAUAUUGUAAUUAUACAUAUUUUUAGCCGUAUCGUAGAUGACAUAAACUGUAUAGUAUUAACAAUAAAAGUAUCAAUAUAAUAUAAUUUAAUUACAUAAUACAUAGAGUAACUCCAUUAGUGACACUCAUCAAUAUAAGUAAAUAAGCAGCGCGAAAGAAGCUGAUAUAUCCGCUACGAUAGUGCCGUAGGGAAAGCUUGCCGUCAAAGUCGUUCAAACAGCUUUCAAAAUUAACCGUUCACGAGAAAGGGGUAUGGGCAAAGGAGAUAAAAAACCAACAUCCCAGAAUAGCGCUGGCUCAAACAUUGUGGGCAAGUUCACUCAGAGUGUCAGGCGAAUAGUACAAGACGUCAAGGACGAAGGCACCGCUAGUGGCCAGACCAAAGAAGAAGUAAUAGAAACAAAUGAAAGAUUGAGAGCCGUAAGAAUUCGUUUGGAAGAAUCCUAUGAUACGGCUAAAAAGUCACUAAUUACACUAAUGACUAAGUAUACAGAGAGUAAGUCAACACGAAAUGUCUUCCAAAGGUAUAAUCUCCUGAAGGCUAUGAUUAAGGAAGUCAUUCGGUUGGAAACACAAUAUUGGACGCUGGUAGAGAUACCCAAACAAGAGAAACAAGAAACGGUACCGUCAUUCGUGCUCAGGGCGUGUGGAAUUGUGGAAAAAUCUCAAAAGUCGGGUGAAGGUGUCAAGUCUACGGCUAAAAUAGCUGAAGAGGAUGAGAAGAAACGAGAACGUAUUGAUAGACUUUGUGACAUGACGACGGCUCAAAUUGAAGCAGAGAAUACACAAAUGACAAAUGAUCUUUACCGAUUGUUAAAGAAAUACACUGGCCUAAGAAAUCUUAUAAGAGAACUCAAGGUAGAAUAUGUCAACUCAAAAGUGUACCCGAUAUUUCCACGCUACAAUAUACUGAAAGACUUAAUAAAGGACAUCAUGCAUCAUCAGGAAUACAUGGAAGUUUGCCAUGAAGUUGAUGCCGUAUAACGCGGGACGAAGAAGGACGACGCACAAUUUUUUUUUUUUUUUUAUACG